AUGCGGCCUUCCCCGCGCCACAGCGGCGACACUGCGGCGGCCUUGAGCCGACUGGCGAGGCAGGCUCCACCAGAGGAGGUUCUUUGGCAGCUCGAGGGCCUCGUGAGGGCAAAUCUUAGGCCACAGAUCUACCACCUCAACGCAGUAUUGAAUGCAUGCGGCAGAACGGGUGAUUGGCGCUUUGCGGUAGACCAUCUCCAAAAGAUCGUGCAGCAUGGCCUUUGGCCUAACAAAUUCAGCUUCUCCGCAGCCAUCAGCGCUUGUGAGAAAGGAAACCAUUGGCAGGUGGCACUUGCACUCCUCGCCGGCAUGCCCGAAUGGAAGGUUGCCGCGGAUACUGUUGUUUUCAACACCGCGAUCAGUGCCUGUGGCAAAUCAGAACAAUGGGAGGCAGCGUUGCAUCUGCUGCACGGGAUGCACGAUUCUCUUCUGGAGGCAGACGCCGUUAGCUUCAAUGCUGCCAUCGUCGCAUGCCGGAACUCCUGGCAGCGGGCCUCACAACUGCUGCAGGAUGCUUUGGUGGGACAUCGCGCAGUCGUCAACAACUGGAACGCCGCAGCAUCGACACAAUCCUGGGAAGCAGCGCUGUCACUGCUGCAAGCGCUGCAAGGUGCUCGGGCACAAGCAGACGUGGUUUCGUUCAGUGCGCUGUUCGGCGCACUUGGUAUCGACAAGAGAUGGCCGUUGGCUGGACGUGCGCUUCAGCAAAUGAGAGAGAAGGACAUCGACUCAGAUGUUGUUUGCGCCAAUGCUGCUGCGAAUGCAUGUGCCCAAGGUGGAGUUUGGCAAGCUGCCUGGUCAUUUCUCCAGGACUUGUGUAUGCUGUCAUUGCGAACAGAUCAAGGUUUGGUCAGCUCCACAAUCAGCGGAACGCGGGUAGAUGCAGAACUCGACAAGGAGGGUGGCGCGUGGAUCUUUGCUCUGCGGAUCCUUCGACAUUCGCAGGAUGUGGCAUUGCCACCUUCUGCUGUUAGCCGAUCCAAUGCCUUGUGCACCUGUGGCAAAUCAGCCGCUUGGGAGGCUUCGCUCAGGCUUUUCGCGUCCUUGCAAUUGACGACGGUGGAGCCGGAUUCCUUGUGCCACACCGUUACCAUCAACGCAUGGCAAGCAGGAGAUCGUUGGCGCCAUGCAAGCGCGGCCUUAGAGGCGAUGCCAUGCGAGCGCCUUUCCACCGAUGCUUUCGCUCAUGGUGCUGCCCUGUGUGGUGGUCGAGUCGGAGCUGCUUGGGCUGCUGCCACAGCGAUGCUCCGCACAAUGCAAUCCGGCGGCGUGCGAGCUUCAGCACCCAGCGACACCGCGGCCAUUGGCCACUUAGCAAGAGAGGGACAGUGGCUUCAAGCCUUGCAGUACUUUGCGAAGGUGCAGAUGCAGCAAAGCAGUGUGGAAGCAACAUCCUGCUGCGGGGCCAUCCGCGCGUGCCAGCAGGCUUCUACCUGGGAUUGGGCCCUUGCUGCCCUCAGUGCUGGAAGAGAUGCUGCUUGCAACGCUGCUGCCCUUGGGGCUUGCAGGAAUGGUCGUCAGUGGAUUCGCUCAGCCAGCCUCUUGAUGGAGAUGCUGACUUUUGCCGUCAAGCUUGAUAUCGCCAGCAGAACCUCGGCUGCUUCUGCAGCGUCCGCGGCAGGCGAGUGGUCUAGGGCACUCUCGCUCCUCUGCCAUGCCGCAACUUCGCGUGCCGUUCUGGACGAGAAAAGCUUCCUCAUCACCUACCAGCUGCUGCGGCAAGCCGGGCAAGAAGCGUUGGGCUUGGUGCUCGAUGUCGAGGAGCUCGCCGACUCGGCGCAGUUUGUCUCCUUCAUGCCGUGGGCCCUGGCCUCCAUGGGCGGUGGCUCCAGUGCUGAAGACAUACAUGGAGCCAUGGCCGAGGCUGCUGCUGCGAUCCGGCACGAAGCACCAACACCCAUGGCAUUGGCCAGCCUUUGGUGGUCAGCCUCCAUGUUGGGUGUGAUCAGCCCUUCCUUUGCCAGAACGUUGAGCAAGUACGCCCGCCAACAAGUCGAUGCAUUUCGUUUCGGCGAACUGCUAAUGGUCCUUUGGGGCGCAUGCGGCAGUGCGAAGGACCAGCAGGUGCAGUUGGCUUUCCAGCGGGAAGCAGCGGACAGACUAGACAAACUUGACUGGGCGAGCUUGCCCAGGCCGAUGCAGAUUGCAUGGACGUUGGAUUGUUUGGGCUCGCUGUGGGCCUGCACCUUCUCUCGCACCCUCACGGCCGAUGCCCACCAUCGAAUUCGUGCGGCCUUGCUCCGAUUUGGAGGAAUGUUGGAUCGCAUUCAGGAGACGGUCGUUCCAAAAACUCCAGGAAGCCAGCGCUUGGUGCACGAUGAUUCUCAGCCCGCGAUUGUGCUGGAUGCCUCGGACAGUGCGGUCCUCUUCAAGCCCGCAGAUUAUGAAGUCCACGACGAAAACUCCGAUUUACCCCAGCUGUCGUGCUUCAUGUCUGCCAUGUUCUGCAAUAAGUUGCCGAUUCUGCACGAUGAGGAGCACGAGCAUGGCUUCCUCCACCGCUUAGAUGUGCCAAGUUCUGGACUAAUCUUGGCUGCCAAAUCCUUCGAGUGUUACUAUGAUCUGCAGGUGCAAUUGGUGACUGGUCAAAUUUUGCGAGAUUAUGUGGUGCUGAGCCACGGUUGGAUGGAGCCGGCGGUCACCGACAUCUCGGCCCAGGUAAUGAUCGAGGACGGUGGCAGAACCAUGUCUGGGGGCCGUGGCAAGCCAGGCCUCACACAUGUCAAGGUUGCGGCCCACGCCGAGCACCACAGUGCUGGAGUGACGCUGGUAGUGAUCCGUAUUGGCACUGGCCGCCGGCACCAAAUCCGGUCACACUUGGCACACAAAGGUCACCCCACAGUAACAGAUGGCCGCUACACAUCUUUAGCGACCUUCCUGCGAGAUUCGCAGUUUUGCCGACGGAAUUUUCUUCACAGGUACUUUCUGGGGUUUAUGGAUGGCAUCGGCCGGCGCUGUUGCGCAUCCUCAGAUGCACCGGAGGAGCUUCAGCUCGUUUUGGACUGUCUGCAUGGUAAGACUCCGCAAUGCUGCGCGACGCUGCAGACUUGGCGGGUCGGCAAUUUGCCACCUUUCGAUUCAGCGAGUCGGCUGGGACCAAAAUACGGCCGGCCUUGCCCUACACACACGAGACUAUGUCGAUUUCCAGCAGAGGCCCAGAUGGCACGCCCGGAGGCCUUUGAAAUCUGGGAGGCCUUUGAGACGCGGCCUCUCAGUGCUGGGAGCAGUAUCCCUGGUGUAGAUGGCCUUCCCAGCCGCUCGAUGCGACGUCCGCGAUCUUCCACCCGACUUCAGGCGGAAGUGGAGAUGAAUCGGGCGCAGGCACAGCUGUCAGAGCUGCGGAAGAAGCUCCAUGCCGAAUCGCGCGAGGUGGAGCGCUUGCAGCAGUGCUUGGACGCAGCCAACGGCGAGGCAUCUCAUCAGCGCACCUUAGCGCAGGCUGCGCAGGUCGAAAUAGGAAAGCUCCAUCAGCGGCUGGCAGCAAGUGAGGAGGCGGUCCAGGCAUCGCAAGCGGUGCAGGAUGCUGCCGGUCGUGCCGCUGGCGACGCUGAGCGCCGUUUGCAGGCCGAACUCUUCGAGCUAACUGCGAGGUUGCGACAGGCGGAAAGCGGACGUGAGAUCACGCAGAGUGACCAGAUUGAGUUGAAGCAGAGGUUGGAGGAGAAGGCCGCUUACGCAGCCACCCGAGCCGCGGAGCAGGCUCUCGCCCCAUGA